AUGGGCGGCGGUGGUGGCAGGUGGCCGGCGGUGGUGGCCAGCGGCAGAAUUCCAGUGGUGUUGGCCGGCGACAAAAUUCCGGUAGUGGCCGGCGGCGGGAUUCCGGCGGUGGUGGCCGACGGCAGGUGGGCGGUGGUGAGCUUUAAUCUAUUUCAAGCCUUGGAAGGCUUGAAUGGGCAGAACUGCGGCCUCUUCAAUCUGCAAGGGGCAGAAGUGGCUGGACUUGAAGACAUACCGAGCUAG